AUGUCUAAGGAGGAGGACAUUCUUGGGCUCAUCGAGCUGCAAUACGACCGGCAGCACCGCAUGGAGCGGCUGCUGGACAAUGCACGCAAGUCCGGUCAACUGAAGUCAGUUGGCGGGUUGACGUCUCGUUUGCAGGUUCUCGACACGUACUGGGCUCAGUUCCAGGAUGAUCAUCGCACGAUCCGAGCGUCUCGCCUCAAGACCGUGCGAGAGUCAGACUACGUGCAACAGGAUGCCUGUGGCACGGUACAGGAAGUCUACAUUGCGCAGCGCGCAGAAAUCCAAACCCUGCUCGAUGGGUUGAAGGUUCAGGAGGCUGAGUCGGCUGCUCACGCAGUUCCCGCGCAGGCGGUAGUGCCCGAGGCUUCGUUGCCUCGCAUUCCCAUUCCGAAGUUCGAAGGGAAGUUUGACGAAUGGCGCAAUUUUAAGGAUCUCUUCGAGUCCUUAAUAGUCGAUAACCCGUCGUUAGCAUCAGUUCACCGGAUGCAUUAUUUAAAACAGAGCGUGUCGGGAGAGCCUGAACGUCUGCUCCGGCACUACGGCGUCGCUACUGGCUCGUUUGAGCAAGCGUGGGAAGCGCUAUGUGCACGGUACGAUAACCGUCGUUUGCUUGUGGACCAGCAUCUCGACGCUUUCCGGGAUAUUGGCCCGAUGCGUCAGGAGAGCGUCUCCGAGGUUCGGAGGCUGCUGGAUCGAGCCAGCGAGCUGCGAGCCGCCUUGCGCCUUCUUGACCAGCCAGUGGAUGCUUGGGACGUGAUAUUGGUCAAUAUCCUCCGUUCCAAGCUAGACUCUGCAACGCGGCGGGCCUGGGAGAUGGCCACCGCGGACCGGCGCGAGCCAGUGAGCUGGGACAGACUGGCAGUCUUCCUGGACGAGCGUCGGGUGGCGCUCGAGGCGGUUGCCGCGGCUCCGUCCAUUGGGGACAGCCCCCGUGCCUCAUCGGCAUCCGAGCGGACUGGUCGACGAUCGCUGCAUCUCCAUCGGCCCAAGCCGACCCGUUGCGCUGAGUGCGGUUCUGAGCAUGGACUCAGGGAGUGUUCGGCCUUUAAAGAUCGGCCGGUCUCUUCGCGACGGGCAAGGGUGCGCGCUCUCGGGUUGUGCUUCAACUGCCUCGGUCCGUCGCACCAGGCGGCCGCUUGCCCGUCUAAGGGUCGAUGUCGGGAGUGCGGAGAGCCGCACCAUUCACUUCUGCACUCCGCCCAGCAGUCUCCGGCCCCGGCGUCGGGGGAAGCGCCGGUCACGGCGCAUGCUGCGACGCGGAUGCCUGCGCAGCGAGUGCUUUUGGCCACGGCCAGGGUUUGUCUGAUGGCGUCCGAUGGCCGAUCCGCUGUGGUUCGAGCGCUCAUUGACCAGGGCUCUGAGGUGAGCCUGGUGUCCGAGGCGCUUGCGCAGCGGCUGCGCGCGUCUCGUAGAUCGGUGGAUGUUGGGCUGUCGGGCGUCUCAGAGGGACCCCCUCAGCGGGUGCGGGCCAGCACGUCAUUGCGGCUCAGAGCAACUGCUGGCCUCCCGUUCUCCACCACGGUGGAGGCCCUCAUUCUACCGAGGCUUACGGCGUACCACCCCCCGCAGAGGGCUCGGCUGACGGGGAAGUGGUCGCAUUUGAGGAACCUCCGGUUGGCGGAUGAUCACGAUGAUGACGAGCGCAUCGAGGCGAUACUUGGAGCGGAGGUAUUCGCCGAGAUCGUGUUGACGGGGCUUCGCCGGGGCCCACGGGGAGCUCCCGUCGCGCAGCGUACCCGCUUGGGGUGGGUGCUGUUCGGGGCUCUCCCGUCUACCGCCGCAGCGGGCGGCUCUCAUUGUCAUGUGGUGCAGUGUGCGUCGGACAACAUGGCGGAUCUCUUGCGGCGCUUCUGGGAGGUGGAGGAGAUUCCGGUUGCUUCCCCGCUCUCUGAAGAGGAGCGGGCUUGUGAAGAGUUUUUCGCGGCGUCCUUUCGGCGUCAUGCGGACGGCCGCUAUCAGGUGCGGUUGCCUUUCAGGAGCCCUCCGACUGCGCUGUCUCUCGGCGACACUCGGCGGAUUGCCACUGCCUCGUUGCAUCGCUUGGAGCGGCGACUGCUUCGGCAGCCUUCCUUGGGCGGGGCCUAUCGCGACUUUCUUGAUGACUAUGAACGACAGGGGCAUAUGAUCCGCCUGCCGCUCAAUGGCGAGACUCCGCGGCCCUCUUACUUUAUUCCACAUCACCCGGUGAUUAAACAAGCCCCCGAGCUUAAGGUAAGAGUGGUGUUCAACGCCUCGCAGGCGUCCACCAAUGGCCGGUCGUUGAACGACUUGGUGCACGUGGGGCCGCGCUUACAGCGAGAACUGGGCGAGAUUCUACUCGCCUGGCGCAUGCAUCGAGUGGCCUUCUCUGCAGACAUCGAGCAAAUGUUUCGUCAAGUGCGGGUGGCUCCGGAGGAUCAACACCUCCAACAGAUUCUCUGGCGAGACAGCCAGACGCAGGCAAUAUCGGUGUACCGGUUGACCACGGUCACCUAUGGCAUGGCGUGCGCUCCUUAUCUGGCCAUCCGCACGCUGCACCAGCUGGCGCUGGAUGAGCGGGAACGUUAUCCCCGGGCAGCAGACUUACUUCGUCGACAAACCUACGUCGACGAUAUUCUUGCGGGGGCAGAUGACCUUGGGGAGGCACGCAGUCGACAGCGUGAGCUGAGCAGCUUGCUCAUGGCGGGCGGGUUCCGACUCAGGAAGUGGGCGGCCUCACAUCCGGAACUCUUGUCCGGUAUCCCGGAGGGGGACCGCGAGCCUUUGGUGCCUCUGCCGGACCCUGGGGCCGUGGGUGCAUCUGUGCUGGGGGUCGGUUGGAUUCCAGUCGAGGAUGCAUUCUGCUUUUCGGUCAACCCCGGGGCUCAAUCAGCCAUCUCGAAGCGUGGCAUCUUGUCAGUCGUCGCGCGAUUAUACGACCCCCUGGGCUGGUUGGGGCCUAUGGUAGUACUGGCGAAGAUCCUCCUUCAGGACUUGUGGUUGGCCGGGCUCGGUUGGGACGAGGCUCUCCCUUCUCCGCUCUCGCGACGUUGGGACGCCUUUAGCACCGGGCUCGCGGAGGUUUCCGCGAUCCGAGUUCCUCGCUGGACCGGAUGGUCGCCUGAAGUGGAGAUCCAGCUUCACGGCUUCUCGGACGCCUCGGAGCGGGCGUACGCCGCCGUCAUCUACUUACGGGCUCGACGGUCUGAUGGGACCACCCGUAUCGCUCUAUUGGCGUCCAAGACCAGGGUCGCCCCACUAAAGCGGGUAACGUUGCCCCGCCUGGAGCUGUGCGGUGCGCAGCUGCUCUCGCGCCUCAUGAAGGCCAUUGUGGAGGCGCUCGGUUGUGCCGAGGCCUCCCUGGUUUGUUGGACCGACUCCUCUGUCACGCUCCAUUGGAUAACAGGGCAUCCAUCUCGAUGGACCACCUUUGUCGCCAAUCGCGUCUCGUACAUUCACGAGAGCCUUCCGCGGGCCUCGUGGCGGCAUGUCCCGUCCGGCGACAAUCCCGCGGAUUGCGCCUCCCGGGGUUUGUUGGCCGGCGGGCUACGAGAACACGCCCUUUGGUGGCGUGGCCCCUCCUGGCUUGUCGAGGACCCGGCGGGCUGGCCGGGUCUAACUUGCGUCGCGAGCGACCGAGGCACUUGCGAGGAACGGCGCAUGGUUCACGUAGUGGCCGUGAACCCGGAGGACUGGUCCGGUGUCCUCCGAGCAUGCUCCUUCCGCAAGGCCAUCCGCGUGAUGGCCUAUGUACGACGAUUCCUGCGAGUCCCACGGAUCAGUGGACCCUUAACGGCGGACGAGCUGAGUGAAGCUCGACUGCGCCUGCUGCGGGUUACGCAGCACCGCUUCUUCGCGGAGGAAUUGGGCCGUCUGAAGCGGGGGGGAGCAUUGAUGGUGAGAUCGGCGUUGCGGCCACUCAACCCCAUGAUGGACGAGCGGGACCUCUUGCGGGUGGGGGGCCGCCUGCAAUUCUCAGCGUUACCGAUCGAUGCACGGCAGCCAGUCCUGCUACCGCGACGCUCUCGGCUCGCGACUCUCGUUGUGCGAGAUGCGCACGAACGCACGCUGCACGGGGGAGUGCAGCUUACGUUGCUCACCGUGAGGCGCGAAUUCUGGAUUCCGGCUGGGCGCUCUUUCGUGCGCCAGGUGAUCCGGGGCUGUGUGCGCUGCACACGUCAUAAGGGCACCCCGAUCACCCCGUUCAUGGCUCCGCUGCCUCGCGAUCGGGUGUUGCCUCAUCCACCGUUUUCUGCCACCGGGGUGGAUUAUGCUGGACCGGUCGCGGUGCGUCCGUCUCGAGGACGCGGACGUACCACCUCCAAGGGAUAUAUUGCUGUCUUCGUCUGCUUCAGCACGCGCGCUGUCCACUUGGAGGUGGUCAGUGACUAUUCGGCCCCGACCUUCUUAGCGGCUUUUCAUCGUUUCGCGGCCCGGCGGGGCCUGCCGGUUACCGUGUACAGCGAUAGGGGGACCACAUUCGUGGGUGCGGACCGCGAGCUGCGAGGACAAUUUGAGGCGGUCAUGGCGUUGGGGGGACCAGUCGCGGCCUCCUUGAGUAACCAGGGCAUCACCUGGAAGUUCAUGCCUCCUUCAGCUCCGCAUUUCGGCGGACUGUGGGAGGCAGGAGUGCGGUCCGUCAAACACCACUUGCGACGGGUAAUAGGAGAGCAGGCACUGACCUAUGAGGAGUUCGCCACUCUUCUAGCUCGCAUUGAGGCCUGUCUCAACUCCAGGCCAUUGUGUCCGUUGACGGACGACCCACAGGACUUGGAGGCCCUGACACCUGGGCACUUCCUGAUUGGGCGCCCGCUGUUGUGUCCGCCUGAGCGAUCCCUCGGGGACGUUCAGGUCGCGAGGAUGAGUCGCUGGCAGCUGCUCCAGCAUAUGACGGAGCAUCUUUGGGAGCGAUGGUCUAGAGAAUAUCUAGCCCAGCUCCAGGUCCGAGGCAAGUGGCUCAUCGCUUCUCGUCCGUUAGACAUCGGCGACCUCGUGCUCUUGGCGGACAGCCGAUUUCCUCCUACCCGGUGGCCUCUCGGCCGCAUCACCGGCUUGCUGCCUGGCCCGGAUGGGCACGUCCGCGUGGCGCAGGUGCGCACAGCGGACUCGACCCUGACCCGGCCACUGGUCAAGCUGGUGAGGCUCCCUGUGGAUCCGAAAGGGGCUCAUCCCAAUCAACCUUCAACAUGA